GCAUUUGAACAUCGAACUCCCUUCCAAUGUCAACGCUUUUGAGGAUACAGUCAUGUGCUCGUACGAACCGACGAGAUGUGGUCUCUGUGAGCAAUGUUCUCAGGGGACUCAAGACAAUGUCACAGGGUCAUGAUUCUCAAAUACCCCAAUAUAUGAAUUUUCCUUCAACUAAACUCUGCUACCACUGGGACACUUUACCACCCACGGAAGCUCAACUUGUGCACGCGAAUGGAUUUUUCACCAAAAAACAUCCCAAGCACUUAUGGUCUACAUCGCAAUUCUAUUCCAUGGAGUUUGGAGACAGCUCCGAAGUUUGUUUCUUGGGACGAUCAAAUGUUGGCAAAUCAUCUCUGCUCAAUGCUCUGCUCAACACCAAGGCAGCAUAUACCAGUUCGAAACCUGGGCGAACCCGGUCUAUGAAUGCAUUUGCGAUUGGAGGGCAUGAAGGGUCUGAAGAUAAUAGUGAGCGAUUAGUAGUACUGGACAUGCCAGGAUACGGACACGGUGGCAGACCUGAAUGGGGAAAAGAAAUCAUCAAAUAUCUGGAGAAGAGGAAACAGCUUAAACGAGCUUUCGUACUAGUUGAUGCCGAGCACGGAAUCAAGGAGAGUGACCGUGUGAUGCUGCAAAUGUUGCGGUCACAGAAAGUACCCCAUCAAGUGGUGUUAUCCAAGAUUGAUAAGAUGUUAUUUUCAAAUACGAAAAAAAUCCCAAGCAAUGACAAUUUGCAGAAUAGGAUGGCCCGCCUAAACAAAGUCUUGCAAGAGACUAAAGAAAUGAUCGAGCCGGAUCCAGAGUCUGAGGAGGCCGACUCUAUGACUGGAGAAAUACUAACAUGCACAUCUGAGAAAUGUGCUGGAAGGAAGUAUGGCAUUGAUGCUGUGAGAUUUGCAAUGCUAAGGGCUGCGGGUCUACACAUCCAACCCAAGGUCAAGCUAGCCAAGCCAGUGGAUAUCAUUUCACACGAAGAACUAUUCGAGGGAUUGAAUACUGCAGACUGAGGAUGCAUUUCGAGAAAGAAAGAAAAAAUACAUAGUACGAGAGCAUAUUGCGGCAGUCUAGAAGGAUUACUGCUCUUCACUGGGAAUUGGUGACUGACCAGGUGGUUCCAGUGGAUUACAUAAAUCUAGAGUCUUAACUCCAGUACUUACAUAAGUAAUCAAUCCGUGAUACAGAGGAUGCCAGGGAAGCAAAACAAGCGAAUUGUUUGAAAAAUGGAAAGGGGAAGGGUACGGCAACAGUGCUGACCUUGCUUGAUGCAAGACAAUUAAUUGCCUAGUACUUACAGUGGUGGGCUGAUUGGGGGGAAAGGGGGUUUAUUAGUCAAUACCAAAAUAAGCCAAAACAUUCCGAAUCCGAAAACAAAGAUGCA